AAUAACUUGAACACCCCUAUCGUCAUUUGAAGUAAUCGAAUACACAUAAACGUCAUUCGAAGUCAUCGCUCAUUCGAGCGAUCGGAACAGCCGAUGGGCUUAAAACUGAUUGCAAUAAACGAGACGAGUCAGUUGAUUCGGAACCUCCAAACGUAUCAGAUCGCUCUAUUCCUUGUCUCGUAUUCACGGUUCCCAUACGUCUCGCAUUCUUCGCUUUGUCUUUCCACCUGGUUGGACUGUUUCGCGCUAGUUCUUGGCAGUACAUAAAAGUGGCGACGUGGAUUAAGUAAGUUCAACGCGUGUAAGGUGAAGUUAAACCAGUGUAGGUGAAAACAAGAACCGGAGUACAGCAACAGUCAUCAGCAUAAAACCACAUUGUGUAAUUUCUUUAUCGACUUUGCUUCAUACGGAGUAUUCAGCGAGCGAAUAGUCGACGUUCUGGGAAUUCCCAUACACUAUCCAACGGGAUCAAAACAUCGGAGAAGGCGGGUGAAGGUGAAUCCUUCUAUUGUCCUCGAUUGCGAGCGAAGUUCGGAUUCGGACGACUCCAGAGGUGGUUUUGAACCGGAAGGUCGGGAAAAGUUUCGACAAUUGGAUUUCCUUUUCUUGAUUAUUAUUUAUUUAUUAGGGUUUGCAUUUUUUUAUUAUCUACCGUAUAAUGAGUGCCAGUGUAGCGUAUUCGUUGGAACCCUACCGCAAGGGAACAUCCUUUAAUGACUGGUUUACCCGGUUGAAGUACCUUUUCCGGGUGAACAAUGUAAAAGAAGAAGAUAAAAUGGCAUUUUUCAUCACCAUGAGUGGUCCGGUGAUACUUGCCGAGAUCAAACUGCUCUUUCCGACAGGCAAUUUUGAAGAAGCUUCAUUGGACGAUAUUGUGUCAAAGCUCAAAAACCGCCUGGAUAAGACGGACCCUGAUUUGGUACAAAGGUACAAAUUUAGUACCAGAGUACAAAACCCAGACGAAAGCACGGAAGAUUUCAUUUUGAAUUUAAAGCUUCAAGCUGAAUUUUGCGGCUUUGACAACUUUAAGGGGGUUGCUAUUCUGGAUCGGUUGAUAGCGGGUAUUAGAGACAAACACCUUAGACAACGACUUCUAGGGGAAGAAGCUUUAACUUUGGCAAAUGCGGAGAAGAUUAUUGCCACAUGGGAAGUAGCUCGAGUUAACGCAGGUACGGCAGAUCAAUCAAAUAUAGGACAUCCGGGAAUGAUAGCUGCAGUGAAUUCAAGAUCCUAUGAACAACGUGGAGUAGCGGCGGCAAGAUUGUCUCAAGUUUAUGAUUUAUCUCGAAAAUAUCAGGGCAUUAGGAACAAUGAGGGCAACACUAACAACAGGGGACCGGUAAGAAGCCGUUUAGGGUUUAGACCUGCGGAAAGAUGGCAGCAGACAAAUCGAGUUGGACGCGGAAACGAAGCAGUCAAUUAUCGUACACAAAAUGGACGUCGACAGUGGGUACGACCAAACUAUUCCCAGAUGAUUUGUAACUACUGCGGUGUCAAAGGCCAUAUCCGGAAGAAGUGUUUCAAAUUAAAAAAUUUGCAUCGGGAUGCGGUGAACAUAGUCGAUUCUUUUAAACCGGGGCCAUCGGCAGACAGGCACAUUUCAGAGUUGCUAGAAAGGAUGCAGACCAGAGACGAUGAAGAGGAUGAUGAUAGCGACACAGAUAUGCGUUGGAAGCGCGGAAACAAUGGCGCACAGGACGCAGAUCAGAGUCUGUAAGGGGAACGAUUCGUGGCGAGGGCCUAAUGUUUGGAUCACCAGAAAGAAGCACCAUGACACGACGAUAGACGAAGGCUUAGGAACACCUGUAGUUGAGCCGCCCAAUGGCGAAGAAGAAUUGGAGCAGGCUCCGAAGGGAGGUAGAAAGCGGAAGCGUCGUGAAUCGAUGAGUGAUCUAAGAAAGCCCCGAAGGUCCAAGCGGCCGAAAAAAGUGAAUCGUAGUGAUGAUUAUUAUUACAAUUAAGUUUUCGGAUUUAUUGUGAAUUAUUUGUUUUCAAAGUAUGAAUUUGAUAUCGAAAUGUUUUGAUUUUUAUUAGAUUAACUUCAAGUUCUGAUUAUAAGUAAAACUUUGUAAAGGGGAAGAACUGUUGUGAAUAACUUGAACACCCCUAUCGUCAUUUGAAGUAAUCGAAUACACAUAAACGUCAUUCGAAGUCAUCGCUCAUUCGAGC